AUGAACAGUGGUGGUCGGGGUCCUCACUCGAUGCUAACCACAGCGCUUCACCGCACUGCUUCGGGCGCAACCGCUAUGCAACUGCACCGUGCUUCAUGUUAUUUUGACUAUACUCACCAAACGGAGGUGGAGUAUUCCGCGCGAAAGUACGACUUAGCCACAAGAUGGAAAAGCCCAUCUGCUAUCGGUAACUGGCACAACGAGGAAGACCCAAACAUGGAUUACGACCUGCUGCUCAAAGGACUGCAACCCUGUGCUGAACGUGCCUCGAAGCGGCACACGAAAAAACUUGGAUUGGAUUUCGAAGACCACCAAGGAAAAAUCAUUGAAGGAAUAAAUAAACAGUCAUGUAAGCCUUGCAAUAUUGCAUCUCUGCAGAAAAAGACAAAAGAGAAAAGUGACGAUGACUUCACCGUGUUCCUGCUGAGAACGAACAGUGAUGGCCUCUACAGUUCUUUUGCAGAUCAUCCGCAAGCAAAACCAGUGGACGAUAUUGCUGUUAAGCCCUCAUCUCGCACAAUGAACUCGGAAGCCGACUAUCAGAAGAUGACGAUUGCUCAUAUAAAAGAAGAGCUGUCGAAACGUGGAGUAGUUCCAGAUGCGAAAGCGAAGAAAAGUGAACUGAUUAAACUUUUGCAGAAGGCUGAAGAAGACGCCAUCCUUAAUCAUAGUGACGAUGGAGCUUUUGGUGACCCUUUGUCAACACCCGAUGAGGAUCUUCUCAACGAUGAUGUUCUUAACGACGUGCUUCCUGAAAAGCUUAUGGAUGAUGAGUCCGUAACUGCCAAAGAAGCAGGCCCUGAUGAAAUAAAAUCAACAGCCGCGCAUGAAUCUGAGCCUGAAAAGAAUCAAAAGGUAGACGCGACAUCUGCCUCUACCAACGCCAACGACCCUCUCGCUCUUGACGCGAAAUUGAAGCGCGCACAACGUUUCGGCUUGCCUGUUGGCAUCACCGACCCUCUGGCAAAGGCGAAGAGAGCUCAAAGAUUUGGGGUAGUUUCCAUGGUUGCCGAGAAGGAUCUGAAGGUGAAACGUGCAGCAAGAUUUGGAACAAAUGGCGAAACGGUAACGAUUGCCAGUGUUAAGAACGAUUCUCAUUCCGACGAAGAAACCAAGAAGAAGUUAUUGAACAGAGCUCAGAGGUUCGGUCUCCCUGUGAACGAAAAUGGAAAGGUACACUCAUUUCUGCAUUCCAAGGAGAGGUUGGAAGCUCGAGCUAAACGAUUUGGAUUAGCUUCUACGACCACCAUUGACGACAGCGAGAUGGAAGCGAAAAAGAAAGCGAGGCUUGAAAGAUUUGGCAUUAACUAA